CAAAUUCCCAAUAAUUUUUUCCUAUUUUUUCUCUCUUUCAUGUACAUGAACCAUGAUUUUCGUUUAAAAUAAUGGUUUGUCUUUCCGUUUAUUCUACCUAUAUAACGGACAAUCACAAUUAAAUUCACGUGAAAACUGAUCAAUGUUUCCCCCCCUCGCCUCCCUGGCCCCUCACGAAGGGAACACUUACAAAGAAAAAGAAUAAAAACAUUGCAACGAAAAAAGAAGAAGAACGUUGUAGAGGAUUCAAAAUCUUUGUAAAAAGUUGCUUUUGUGACGAAAAAAUCACUCAGCUUUGAUAAGGGGUUAUACGUGAGGGUGUCACAAAAAUAGAAAAGUUUUCCAAAAAAAUUGUGUCAAUAGAAAAAAGAAAAUACUAGAAAAUUUGUCAACAUAGAAAAUAGAACAAUUAGAAUCAUUCAAAUCCAGAAAAGCUUCCCAACACAAGGGAAAUUUUCAUCUCCUUUGUAAUUAGAAUUUCCUCUUUUCUUAUGCUUUAGUUAACAUCAUUUGAUUGUCACCGAGGGCAUGGAAAUCGAGAAAAAUGUUGAGGAAUCUGAAAAAAAAUUUCCGGAAGAGGAAGAGUCUCCGAUCGAACAAGUCAGGCUGACAGUGUCAAACGAAGAUGAUCCAACACUUCCAGUAUGGACAUUUCGAAUGUGGUUCCUGGGAUUCCUAUCAUGUGCAAUUCUGGCAUUUCUCAACACUUUCUUCAGUUAUCGAACACAACCAUUAAGCAUAACUAUGAUAACUGUCCAAGUUGCUGCAUUGCCAGUGGGGAAAUUCAUGGCUAAAGUGUUGCCAACGAGGAAAUUUAAGAUUGGAACAUGGGAGUUUUCAUUCAAUCCAGGACCGUUUAAUAUGAAAGAGCAUGUUCUGAUUUCGAUGUUUGCUAACUGCGGUGCUGGGACAGCUUAUGCUGUUUCAAUUGUGACUAUUAUUAAGGCUUUCUAUAUGAGGAACAUCUCAUUUGCUGCUGGUUGGAUUCUUGUUAUUACCACUCAGGUUCUGGGAUAUGGAUGGGCAGGAAUAAUGAAGAAGUAUGUGGUAUACCCUGCAGAAAUGUGGUGGCCUGGUAAUAUGGUUCUAGUCUCUCUUUUCAGGGCACUCCAUGAAAAAAAUUCAGAGGGCAAACGCAAAAGAGGAAAGUUCUUCGUAGUAGUACUAGCAUGCAGUUUCAUUUGGUACAUUGUGCCUGGAUUUCUUUUCUCAACUCUAUCAAACCUCUCAUUGCUUUGCUUAUUCUACCCAAAAUCAGUACUAGCUCAACAACUUGGUUCGGGAAUGAAAGGCCUUGGAAUUUUAUCCUUCACAUUUGAUUGGUCAACUGUAGCAUCAUAUCUUGGUAGCCCAUUAGUGUGCCCAUUAUUUGCAAUUAUUAAUGUUGUAGUGGGCUAUAUUGCUGUGGUUUAUGUGGCGACUCCAAUCUCCUAUUGGGGAUUUGAUUUUUACAAUGCAAAGAAAUUUCCCAUAUUCUCUUCACAUUUGUUUGAUGAUAAGGGGCAAAAAUAUGAGAUUAACUCAAUUGUUAAUAGCAAGUUUGAGUUGGAUGAAGUUGCUUAUGCUAAACAUGGAAAGAUUAAUAUUACCACUUUUUUUGCUCUUACUUAUGGAUUGAAUUUUGCUGCUGUUGUGGCUACUCUCACUCAAGUUGGCCUCUUCAAUGGAAAGGAAAUAAUUGAGAGAUUUCGAUCUUCAAACAAAUCAGGAAAGUCUGAAGAUAUCCACACGAAACUUAUGAAGAAAUAUCCAGAAAUUCCUGGCUGGUGGUUUCAUGGCAUGCUUGUACUUUCAUUGGCUUUAUCACUUGUACUUUGCAUUGUGUGGGUGGAUGAAAUUCAACUUCCAUGGUGGGGACUUCUUAUGGCUGCUACCAUGGCCUGGCUUUUCACCCUCCCUAUCAGUAUCAUUACCGCCACAACUAACAUGUCACCAGGACUAAACGUGAUCACAGAAUAUAUUAUUGGUCUGAUAAUUCCAGGGAAACCAAUAGCCAAUGUUUGUUUUAAAACAUAUGGGUAUAUAAGUAUGUCACAGGCAGUUACCUUUCUUGCUGAUUUCAAGCUUGGCCAUUAUAUGAAGAUUCCUCCAAGAUCUAUGUUCAUUGUUCAGCUUCUUGGAACCCUCAUUGCUGGAACAAUAAACAUGGGUGUAGCAUGGUGGCUACUUACAAACAUUACUAACGUAUGCCAAGACCAAUUACUACCAGAAAAUAGUCCAUGGACAUGUCCCGGAACUCGUGUCUUCUUCGAUGCAUCGGUGAUUUGGGGUUUAGUAGGACCUAAAAGAAUGUUUGGUUCACUUGGAAAUUAUUCUGGACAAAAUUGGUUCUUUCUUGGUGGUUUAAUUGCACCACUUAUAGUAUGGUUGCUACACAAAGCAUUCCCAAAACAAAGUUGGAUUAAAUUGAUUAACAUUCCAGUACUUCUAGGUGCAACAGCUGGUAUGCCUCCAGCAACGACAUUGAACUUCAAUAGUUGGAUCUGCUUUGGUUUAGUAUUCAAUUUAUUCGUUUUCAGAUACAAAAAGAAUUGGUGGCAAAACUAUAAUUAUGUUUUGUCAGCUGGAUUGGAUGCUGGCUUGGCAUUUAUGGGAGUGUUCAUAUAUUUUGUCCUUGGUAAAGUUAAAUUUGAGUGGUGGGGUACUGGUGGAGAACAUUGUGCUUUGGCUUCUUGUCCUACUGCUAAGGGCAUACAGUUUAAAGGAUGCCCCGUACAUUGAUUUCACUACGACGAUCGUGCUCGUGUUGGACUUGGUCAUGCUUUUUCAGACGAUCAAGCAAUAUAUAGUUGUUGUUGAUUGUAGGAGGUUAAUAAUUUGUGUUGAUUUUACUUUAAUGUUCGUGCUCGUCUUCAUUGAAGAUUUCGUUGUACAGGCUCAUGGGCGCCAACAUCAUUGAAGAUUUUGUUGUUGUUACUAUUUGUAUGUUUACAUAAUUAUUUUGUUAGAAAGAUUACCCUUAAUUAACUCUUUUAAUUUCGUUGUAGAUUCUUAAGUGACCUUAACUUGUGUAAAUACUAAGGUAAAGGGUCAACUUAAUCCCCACACAAUGUAAUUCUUUUUUUUUUUUUUUUUUUUUUUUUAAUUUUUUGAUAUAUUUUAGUUUGAUGUAUGACUUGAUCAUUCAAUUAAUAAUAUAUUGUUUACAUCUUUUAGAUGUAUACAAUAUUGGUUCUUUUUU